AUGGCGUCCACACUAAGACCUACCGCCGUUGUGGCAGCUUUGGCAUUGCUGGAGUUUACAGUCGCUCAGCAGCCCGGAACCGUAACCCCUGAGGUCCACCCCCAGCUCACAACCUCCAAGUGCACUACCACCGGUGGUUGCGUGGAGCAAAACACGUCCGUCGUGCUCGAUUGGAACUAUCGCUGGAUACACACAGCAGACUACGCAUCAUGCACGACCUCGACCGGCAUCAAUUCGACGCUCUGCCCAGACCAAGCAACCUGCAGUCAGAACUGUCUCAUCGAGGGUGCCAACUAUACAGGCGCAGGCAUCGUCACCUCGGGCUCGUCCAUGACUCUGUCACAAUAUGUGCCCUCUGCGAGCGGUCUGUCUAGUGUCUCACCACGAGUCUACCUCCUCGACAACGACAACAGCAACUAUGUUUCAUUCCAGCUACUUGGCCAAGAGCUGACAUUCGAUGUGGACCUUUCCACGCUACCCUGCGGCCAGAAUGGCGCGCUAUACCUUUCCGAGAUGGACAUCACCGGCGGCCGGAGCGAGUUGAACACCGGUGCUGCCAAUUACGGCGCAGGAUACUGCGAUGCUCAGUGCCCCGUUGAAACAUGGAAGAACGGCACUCUAAACACAGACAAGUCGACCUUCUGCUGCAACGAGAUGGACAUUCUCGAGUCUAAUCGCGCCGCCGCCGCGUUCACGCCCCACCCUUGCGCCGAUGACGCCUCGAACUGUGACAAGGGUGGGUGUGGCUUCAACCCUUAUAACCAGGGAUUCAAAGAUUACUGGGCAACGGGUGGAACGGUCGACACGAGCAAGCCCUUCACGGUGAUCACACAGUUCAUUACGGACGACGGCACAACGUCGGGAACUCUCAGCGAGAUCCGCCGCAUCUACCAGCAGGGCAGCGUAACUGUUCCGAGUGCCAUCUCCGCGCCCAGCGGUGAUUCCAUCAACUCGACGUGGUGCUCAGCUGUCGAUGGCAGCGCAGAUCAGUUCGGCAACUUGAAAACCAUGGGCCAGGCCCUGGGUCGGGGUAUGGUGCUAGCCUUCAGCAUGUGGAACGAUGCAGGAGGAUAUAUGAACUGGCUAGAUGAAGGCUCAAACGGCCCUUGCAAUGCCACCGAGGGUAAUCCAACGUUGAUCCAGCAGAACGAGCCGGGUACACAUGUGGUGUUUAGCAACAUCAAGUGGGGAGACAUCGGCUCGACCUUCUCUAGCAACUCGACCUCCUCCAAGGUAAAGAGGGGUAUGAUGAGAUUCUAG